AUGCCCGAACGAGUACACACACGAUUUGACGACGAACCCGGACCCUCAAAACCGGCGCCCGCCUCUACUGCUCCUCGACAGCUGCAGCAGGGCAAGAAGCGCAAGCUUGAUGACCGCAGAGGCCGUGGCCCCGAGGGACGAAAACCCCCUCCCCAAGCCCCCCUAAAGCACGCAAAACCUCAGAAUGGCACCCAGACAAAUGGCCACCAGAUAAAUGGCACGCACAUAAACGGCGCCCAUACAAAUGGCACCCAGAUACACAGCACCCAAACGAAGGCUCCUUCAGUAGCACGCGGCACUUCCGAACCCAAGGGAAAAGCUCCGCCAGGCCAUCUAGCAAAGAAGCGUCAAGAGCUCCUCCCCAUACGCCAGGCGCUUCCAAUCUGGCCCCACGCGCAAGAAAUCCGCCAGGCGCUCCGCAGCCCCCACAAAGAUGUGCUGCUCUUGGUAGGAGAGACCGGCAGCGGCAAAUCCACGCAGGUGCCUCAGUUCCUCCUGAGCGAGCCAUGGUGCACCGGACAGAUUGCAAUCACACAACCGCGCCGGGUGGCAGCGAUAUCGCUGGCCAGACGCGUGGCGGAUGAGAUGGGCAGCACGCUGGGAAGCUCGUCGCCGGGCAGCAGGGUCGGAUAUAGCGUGCGAUUUGACCAAAGCGUCAGUCCGAGCACGCGGAUAAAGUUCCUUACGGAGGGGAUGCUGCUGCAGGAGAUGCUGCGGGAUCCGUGGUUACGGCAGUAUAGUGUUGUGGUUGUGGACGAGGUGCAUGAGAGAAGCGUGAAUGUGGAUCUUGUGUUGGGAUUUUUGCGGAAUAUUGUCACUGGUGAUAAGAAGGGAAGAGGUGGGAAGCCAUUGAAGGUUGUCGUUAUGAGCGCUACUGCAGAUAUUGAAAGCCUACAGAAAUUUUUUGAGGACGGCUAUCGAUCUGCAAGUCAACACCCUAUCUCAAAUGGGGAAAACGCGGUCACCAACGGUGCAGAGGAUUCGGAGUCGUCGUGGUCAGGCAUUUCGUCCUCGAGCGAAGACGAGGUACCAAGGAGCAUCACAUCAAAUAAAGGAGAGCCCAAUGGUGUUCAGCUAGAAGAUGGAUCACCAACGGCCUCGAUCUCCCAAUGCCAUAUCAAAGGCCGUCAAUAUCCCGUCAAGACCAUGUACUUACCGGAUCCGACCCAAGACUUUGUUGAAGCAGCGCUCAAUUCCAUCUUCCAGAUCCACUACAAAGAGCCUAUGCCGGGAGAUAUCCUUGUCUUCCUUACAGGCCAAGACACGGUCGAAGGGCUUGAGAAGCUGGUGAACGAGUACGCCUUGGGUAUGGGUCCAGAGGUUCCUAAAAUUAUAACAUUACCCCUGUUCGCCGCCUUGCCGCAACAUCUUCAACAGCGUGUAUUCGCGCCCGCACCGCCCAAAACACGAAAAGUCAUUCUCUCAACAAACAUUGCGGAAACCUCAGUCACCGUCACAGGUGUCCGCUUCGUCGUCGACUGCGGCAAGGCGAAGAUCAAGCAGUUCCGCAACCGACUAGGCUUAGACUCCCUCCUUGUGAAGCCCAUCUCACAAUCCGCAGCUAUACAGCGGCAAGGUCGCGCUGGCCGUGAGGCCCCGGGCCAGUGCUAUCGGCUGUACACCGAGAAAGACUACAGCACCCUAGAAAAGAACACCACGCCUGAGAUCCUACGCUGUGACCUAAGCGCCGCGAUUCUCGUAAUGAAAGCACGCGGCAUCUCCGACGUCUUGAACUUCCCCUUUCUCUCACAACCACCGCGCGAGGCCCUCGAGAAAGCACUCCUCCAGCUUCUGCAGCUCGGCGCGCUCAGCGAAGCUGGCGAGAUCAGCGAUGUCGGACGCACCAUCGCCAAACUACCCCUAACACCAACACUCGGCCGUUGCCUCGUCGAAGCAGCCAAGCCGGAACGGAACUGUCUGACGGAGAUGAUCGACAUCAUCGCCGCGCUGAGCGUCGAGAACGUCUUCCUGAACCUCGUCACCGAAGAGAAAAGAGAAGAAGCCGAAGUCGCGCGACGGCAGCUCUACAGGCGGGAAGGCGACCACAUGACCUUCCUGGCCACCGUGCGGGGCUAUGCGGAGGAGAAGAGCGACAGGAAGGCCUGGGCGGAACGGCACUAUGUCUCGCACCGGGCGAUGCAGAAUGUCAUGGACAUUCGGAAACAGCUGAGAGGGCUGUGCGGGCAGCUGUCGCUGCCGGCUGCAGACACCGAGAAGUCUUCCGAAGAGCUCACGGCUAGCGUCCUCCAGAGCCUCCUCCGCGGGUUCGCGGCUAAUACGGCGAGGUUGAUGCCGGAUGGUAGCUAUAGGACUUUGUUGGGGAACCAGACGAUAGCGAUUCAUCCGUCCAGCGUUCUGUUCGGCAAAAAGGUAGAGGCAAUCGUGUUCAGCGAGAGUGUUUUCACCAGUAGGAGUUAUGCAAGAGGCGUGAGCGCUGUGAGGUUGGAUUGGGUGGCCGGGGUGCUUGCUGGGGUGGAUGGCUGA